AUUCUCCAAAACCUUUAGUCUCAAAUCUUAGAUAUGUCGUAUCCAACGCGUGUUGCAAGCGAGCCAACAUGUACCGAAGUUUGGAUCAAAACCGGGAACAGUAGCAGAAAUCUAAGAUGUAUGCUAUCGAGUGUGGCAUCAUACUGGAAACCUCUCGGUCACGUGAAAUUCCAAGAAGUUUGGACUGUGACAUGCAUUGAUGGCAUAUUCACCGACGGCGACUGCGGUGCUUGGGUCAUCGACGGCCCAUUCCACCUUCUUUUCGGCCACAUCAUCGCAGCUUAUCCAGCUACGAAGACAGCAUACAUACAUCACUCCAGCAACUAAGGUCUUUGGGGAGAUCGAGAAUGCGUUAGGUCAAAAGACUGAGUUGUCGACUCCUCUUAUCUGGUUUCCAAAAGAUGAGCGGAAACUCCUAGGCCUUGGAGUUACGUCUCCCAGCCAGCCGUCAAGUCCAGUUCCGGAGUUCAUGAACCCACUUCAGUUUAGAAGAUACCUUCAAAUGCUGUAUCCGAUGCGAGUAACGAUGUUUUGAAAGGCAUUUUCUUCUAUGAGUACCACAUUCUGGUAACAAUGUCCUGAUA